GCGACUCAGCUGUUCGCGCAGGAAGCCAGAGAAGGCUGGGAAGCAGGUGGCGGCUUCCCGCUCAGGCCCAGGGAGGGAGAGCGGAUGUGAGCUGGGGCAGGGGCUGGCGCAAAGGGGAACCAAUCCCUGUCCCAGCUCAUGACGGUGUCUGCGCAAGUCCCGGGAAAUACGAGCCUCCAAGAAAAUUUCAACCAUUGUCGCUGUGUGUGCGGAAGGGGACAACAGCUGCUACUCGGGCCAAUGUGGAGACUAAAGACCCUGAUCUUUCUGGGGUCCCUCUGGCUGACUCCAGGGACUGGGCAGGUGGCAGGGUCUGGAGCUUGUCCCCGCUAUAACCUGUCUGUGCCCGAAGGCUCCUCUGGGCUUGUUGAAAUUAACCUGCCCAAGAAGGCAUCUCGUUUGUGUAAGAUGCCAACCACCAUCACGGCCUCCGACACUGCUUGUGACCCCAUCCUGGUGUUCACUAGUAAAGGAAAGUGGAAUUACUACAGCCGCACGUACCAGGGACGGAUUGCUCUCUCAGGCUGGCUCCUCGUUUCUGUGAAGAACGCAAGUGAAUGGAUGGCCGGAGAAUACCGAGUUGUCAGUGACCUGCAUGAAAUCUGCAUGGCGCGUAUCAACCUGACGGUGCCUGGUCCUGUCUUGUUCCCACCACUUAUAUCGGAGACUCCCGCUGUCAGAGAGGGGACUGCCAAUCGGACUGGAGAGGGAAGUAGACGAGGGAUGCUUUCCAAUGGCUCUCUGGAGGGGGAGCCAAGGGGCCGCUGUGGCGUGUGGGUAUCGCUGGGGUUCGUUGCUGCUUUGUUUGUUGCUGCUGCACUUUAUGUCUGCUGGAAACGUGGGCGAGAAGGACCGGAAACCCGUCGUGGUUGCAAAGAGGAAGGGAUCUUGGACUCAGCGGACUCGCCCGUUUGCAUGCCAGCCUGUGUCUCGCAUCUGCCCGAGGCUGGAACCCGAGACGGAGAGGCUGGUGAGGAGAUCCCACUGAAUGGAGAGGUGGUACAGCCCCGGGACCUGAGCCGGCUGCCCCAACGCAGCCGAGAGCCAGCACUUUAAUAGCGUUGAAUGGCCGAGGGGCGGGUGCCUCCUGUGUGCGUUACACAGCUACGAUCGUUGCACUAUCCUGGAUGUGUCUUCUUCCCAUGUGGGGCCAGGGCUGCCCUUGCACUUAAGGCUCUGGGCUGGGACUUGGGAGACCCGGGUCUUCCACCAACUCCCUGUCUGUGGGUGAGUCACUCAGGGCCGAAUAUUCAAGAGCUCAGACGGUGAGUGGGGUGUUUAAUCCGAAGGCUCAUGCAGCUGCCUAACUGGGAAUUGAGCUACUCUGAAAAUCGGGCAUUCCACCGUCCUGUGCCUUAGUUUCCUAUCUUUAAAAUGAGAUACUCCUCCAUGUAGAUUGUAAGCACUUUGGGGCAGGGACUGUGUGUAUGUGUGUGUGUGUGUGUGUGUGUGUGUGUGUGUGUGUGUGUGUGUCCAUCCCAUCGCUAUGGGGCCUGACUGGAACUGUAUUGUAAUAUUAAUAAUUAUAAGUAAGGCUACGAAUCUGUCAUGGAUCUUACAGAUGCUGUGAUUCAUUUUUUUUUAAAUGAGCCCUCCACAACUUCUUGAAAAUGCAAUAAUUCAACCCCGGGCAGCAGGGUUUGGGCAUCCAUCAUUUAUUAUUUAUUGCCCAUGUCCUGUCCAGGAGUUGACAUAAAAAUACCUGUGCCAAAAUUGUAGCCUUGAUCAUAAGUAAAUGUGAUUGUUUGUUUGUUUUUUGAAAUCUGUUUUUACUAUUGUAUUUAUCUCUGUGCCUGUCCCUCCUGUCUGUGACAGGAUUUUUAUUUCGUCGAUAAGCUAUACAAUAGAGGGAGUGUCUCAUUUAUCUUUGCACAAGGGGGGCACUGAUCUCUGCUGAAUACUCAAUGAAAUGUAAUACACGCAAUAAUAAAGCCAUAACUGUCUGAAUAUUUUUUUAA